AUGUCUAGCGACGAAGACAUACCUGAAUCUCCAAACCUGACCGAAGACGAAGAAGAGGAAAUGGACCAAGACGAAGAUUUCACAGAAAGGCCAGGCGAAAAACCCAUUCUACACGUCCGUCCAGAAGGCGAUGAAUAUAUCGAAGAAAUUGAGCAGGAAGAAGACAUCAUCACCAAAGAGAGAGUCGAAAAGAUAACAACGCCUUACAUGACCAAAUAUGAAAGAGCGAGAAUUCUAGGAACCAGAGCUAUGCAGAUCAGCAGAAACGCUCCAGUUUUCGUUGAGCUUGACCCACAUGAGACAGAUCCACUAAUAAUUGCUGAGAAAGAACUAAGGGAAAAGAAAAUUCCAUUCAUAAUAAGAAGAUACUUGCCAGAUGGAAGCUAUGAGGACUGGCCGAUCUCCAGCUUAAUUAUUGAAUAG